UAGGUAGGAUCCAAGGUUCGGUAAAAACAAAAACAAAAAUCACCAUUAAUGCGGUAAAAACAAAAACAAAAAUCACCAAUAAUGCGGAUAAUGCGGGGCAAUAUUAUAUUACAAAAACCCUAAACCAUAAUGCGGAUAAUGCGGGGCAAAAAUCACCAACAUAAAACGUAUAUAAAACCCUCCCAAUUAAAAAAGAUCAUCAAAACCAUGGCUGGUUGUGGUUCUCCCUGUGGAGCCUGCAAGUUCUUGAGAAGAAAAUGUGUGACGGGGUGUAUUUUUGCGCCUCAUUUCUGCUAUGAAGAGGGAGAUGUUGAUUUUUCUGCCAUCCACAAGGUUUUUGGCGCAAGCAAUGUGUCGAGGCUUUUAGUUCACCUUCCGUUGAGCGAUCGAUGCAAGGCCGCAAUGUCGAUAUCAUAUGAAGCUCAAGCCAGGAUUCAAGAUCCCAUAUAUGGAUGUGUUUCACAUAUUUUUGCUCUCCAACAGCAGGUGGUCAACUUACAAGCACAGUUAGCUUUCCUCAAGGAUCAAGCAGCUCAAAGCUUUGUCAAUGGCUCUGCUGUAGCAAACCCUAAUCAAGCAGCUCAAAGUUGGUUUCAUGAGUUAGAAAAUUCAUCCAACUACAUGCCACAAUUCAAUUCAACCCACAUCAAUAAUCCUGGAACUACAUCAGGCAAUGGGAUGAAUACAUGCCACAAUUCAAUUCAACCCACAUCAUACUAUGAGAAUGAAAUUAUGAAUUCAAAUAACUCUGUUAAUGGGGGUUAUGAAAAUUCAAUCAGGCAAUGGGAUGAAUACAACAGGCAAUGGGGUUUUCAGGAUGCUGAUGAGCUUCAAUCAGUGGUUUCCAGCUACAUUCACCAUCGAUGAGUAUAUUGGGAUGAAUAUAACUUUGUAAUAUGUAUAUGGAACUCCUUAUUUAUCUUUUGAAUGAAAGCUUUGUAUUCUGGGAUGCCUUAUGAAUGUGAAGUAAGGAAAUAUUUAUGUUUAUCAUA